GCAGCGGAGCCGGCGCCGCCGCUAUGAAGCCGUGCGGGGAGGAGGAGGAGGAGGAAGGGGCUGCGGGCGGCGGCGGCGGCGGGGACCCCUGGAAGGAGUGCCUGGAGGUGGCGGUGCAGCUGGCGCUCCGCGCCGGGCAGAUUAUUAGGAAAGCUCUAACAGAGGAAAAACAAGUGUCUACAAAGACAUCUGCAGUAGACCUCGUGACCGAGACUGAUCAUUUUGUGGAAAAUUUAAUUAUUUCUGUUUUGAAAGAGAAAUUUCCCUCCCACAGGUUUAUUGCAGAAGAAUCCACUGCUGCUGGUUCAAAAUGUGUCCUCACUGACAGUCCUACCUGGAUUAUUGACCCUGUUGAUGGAACCUGCAAUUUUGUACAUAGAUUUCCAACAGUGGCAGUGAGCAUUGGAUUUGCUGUUAACAAAGAGCUUGAAUUUGGUGUAAUUUACCACUGCACUGAAGAACGAUUAUACACUGGUAGAAGAGGUCAAGGGGCAUUUUGUAAUGACAAAAGGCUUCAGGUAUCAAAAGAGACAGAUAUCUCGAAGGCCUUAAUUUUAACAGAAAUUGGUCCAAAACGUGACCCUGCAACUUUGAAACUGUUCCUUGGUAACAUUGAGAGAUUGCUCAAGGCCCAAGCACAUGGGGUCCGUGUAAUUGGAAGCUCCACCCUGGCUCUGUGCCAUUUGGCAUCUGGUGCCGCAGAUGCGUAUUAUCAGUUCGGGUUACACUGCUGGGACUUGGCAGCAGCUACUGUCAUCAUUAGAGAGGCAGGUGGCACUGUGAUAGACACUUCAGGGGGACCUCUGGAUCUUAUGUCCUGCCGGGUGAUCGCUGCGGGCACCAGAGAGAUGGCUAUGUUCAUAGCUCAGGAAAUACAAACUAUUCACUACAGACGGGAUGAUGAAAACUGAUGGAAAUUAAGUACUUUUAAUACUGAGUCUGCCCUCCUGAACUAUGUAACUUUUGCAAGGUGGGUGGCUUAAUGGGUACAUGAUUUCAGUAGGAUGCUUUCUGUGGAGAUUUUCUGUGUCAAAUAUUUUUUAUAAAUUUAUUACAAUAUGGGAAGGCAUAAGGAGAUUUUUAAACCUCUAAGAAUUGUGUUUCCUUUUUAAUAUGUAUCUCUUUCAGCAGCAUCUUUUUUAUAAGAUAGCAUAUUUUACUUGUAGCACUAGUUUCAAAAUAAGUUGUAAUUUCAUAUCUGUGGGGCUGAUACUUAGUCUUUUGUAACAUGCAGCUAAAAAAUGGAACUAUUUUUACAGAUGCAGAUCUCAGGUAAAUGAGCUUUAGGACUGUAGUAAGGAUGAGUAGUUAAGAUGUGUGCCUAUAAUACCCUUGUUCUAUGAUACUUAAAAAUGCAAUAAAAAGUGACAUUACUGUUUCUAACUAUGUCAUAGCUAUAUUAUCCAUAUAUAUGCAUAUAUAUGUGUAUGUCUGUAUGUAUAAAUAUAUAUGUAUACCUAGACAUGUAUAUGCGUGUAUAUACAUGCAGACGUAGACAUGCAUCUCUGUGUGCAUAUACUUAUAUGGAUAUCUUGGAUGUUUACAGCAAUUUAGAGAAUGCAUAGAAGAAAGCUAAUAUCGGAAGUUCUUUUCAGGUAAAGAGUGUACGUAACUUAUGUGACUUCAGUGGAGUAGGCUAUCCAAAUGACUAGCGACAGAGCUGAUCAUGGAAAAUGUUUAAUGACUUUACAAACUGUCCAUCUAAUUCUUCUUUCCUUUCAUCCCUUUUCACGGGUGUAAAUCAUACCGUCAUGCAGGCCUCUAUGAGAUGUUAAAACUUUUACUACCACAGAGUAAUUACAGGUAAAAGCAGGAAUAUUGAACUCCACUGAGUUAUUUGCAGUAUUAACUAUGACACGCAGUAGCAGGCCAGCAGAGUAGAGUGCAGCAUCAAAGAGGUGUUGAUGUUAGUGAAACUUGGAGCAGAGCAGUAGGAUUGGGCCCCUUACAGGGAAGUUAUUAAUAUGCACAUAGAAUACGCUUGCAAAAAAGAUAGUUGUGAAUCACAUGCCCUUCUCACAUAAAGUUGUAAUCACACUUUUUUGAUCAGAGAAACCUGUGAAAUCAGUUACAUACAUUUCCUAAAUACCCAGUUGUUCUCUGUCCCUAUAUUUAGUAUUGGUUUUAGUUCUGCCAAGCUAAUCAUUUCUGUUCAGAUUAUUUUUAAAAUCUUGGGCACAGAGGAGAUACAACAGUGCCCAGAACAGUAGUAGUUGAGAUGAAAUCACUUCUUUUUUUUCUUAAAAAUUGAAUUGAAAGGUAUCCUUUUUUUUUCAAGAGUGCAAAUUAAAUUAAUGAGUCAGAAAGUAACAGUUUGUUAAAAAAAUAAUUUUACACUGCAUGUGUAGACUUUGUAAAUGUGUUCAGACAUCUACUUAGAACAUAUAAACUAAACAGUAAUUUUUUAAAAUAACCUUACAUGUGUUUCUUGCAAAAUGUUUUCAGUGAACAUAACGUGAAUUCUGUGAGAUUUCUUAAUGCUUUUUUUUCAUGAGAAAUACGAAGUAUUGACCAGGUGAAGAAUGCCUAAGUUCAACUAAGCAUUUGAGAACUCUGAUAGUUCUUAACAGAAAAGCAAUGCUGUCUGUCACAGUGAUCAGCGUUUUGUCACCGUUCCCUUUUACCUCUCCAUCUCCUUGCAUCCUUCUGUUCAGAAACUUAGAUUGUAAGCCCUUUGGGGCAGGGACUGUAGUACUUCGGUUCGGGGUUUGCACAGUGCUAACAGGAUGCAGUUCUGGUCCGUGACUAGGCACUGAGGUGCUAUAAAAAUACAAAUAAUAAAUAC